UUUUCUGAUCCUACUGAGAUAGUCAAAUACAAGGAAUUUGGUUCACACAACAACAUGAGCUCAUUUCAACUAACAAAUAUUUUAAGUAGAGAUAUUGACAGAAGUGCAAGAAAAAUCCAAAAAAGCCCAAUAAUCUAAACUGUACCAUUGGGUUCCGUUUGUUAUUUCUCCCGUGACCGCUAACCAGCAGGAGGCAAUGGUCCUUUCCUUCCGCCUCUCCGUUUCCGUUCUUGUUCUUCUUCAUGUAUUCUCCCCCGCCGCCGCUGAUUCCCACUGGACGGUGAAGUCUUUGCCGGGAUUCUCAGGAGGAGAACUUCCUUUCUCGCUGGAAACUGGAUAUGUAGGAGUGGGAGAUUGGGAGGAAUUUCAGUUGUUUUAUUAUUUUAUAAAAUCAUAUUCAAAUCCCAAAACGGAUCCUCUCAUUCUGUGGCUUACCGGAGGUCCUCGUUGCUCUGCUCUCUCCGGUCUCGCCUUUGAAAGUGGUCCAAUAAAUUUUGAGGGAGAGCUGAAGGAGGGGAGCCUUCCUCAAGUACUCAUAAACCCUUACUCAUGGACUCAGAACUCCAGUAUAAUAUAUCUAGAUUUACCGGCGGGCACGGGUUUUUCGUAUGCUAAAACCUCAAAAAAUCAUAAAUCAGGAGAUCACGAACAAGCUCAACAUUGCCUUCAAUUUCUGAAAAAGUGGUUCGACGAUCAUCCAGAAUUUAUAUCUAAUCCAUUUUAUGUUGCUGGAAAUUCUUAUGCUGGUAUGAUUGUUCCGGUGGUUGCUCUUGCAAUGUUAGAAGGAACCUACAAACAUAUUUUUUCAUUUAUAAAUUUCCAGGGAUACAUAUUGGGGAAUCCUAUCACUACUCCUAAUGCAAAUAAAAAUUUUAAAAUUCCAUUUGCUCAUAAUAUGGCCCUCAUCUCAGAUGAAUUGUAUGAGUCGUUGGAAAGUAGUUGUCAAGGAGAAUAUGUAAACAUCGAUCCUAACAAUGUGGAGUGCUUAAAACAUUACGAUACAUAUACAAAGUGUACUUCUGCAGUUAAAGUUGGAUGUAUUUUGUGGCCCAACUGUCCAUCUUUCAAAGAACCAACAACAAUGUCCAAUCGAAGAUCUCUCAACAGUAUUUCUGUUAUCCGAAGAUGUCGUCAAUAUGACUCCUUACUUGCUUACUAUUGGGCCAACAAUGACCAAGUUCAAAAAGCACUUCAUAUACAUGAGGGAAGUAUCGAAGAAUGGAUUAGAUGUCGUGACAAUGACUAUUACAAUUAUGAGUUGACCAGUGUUUUUCCUUAUCACGUGAACCUUAGUUCUAAAGGUUAUCGAUCGUUAAUCUAUAGCGGAGAUCAUGAUAUGAUAGUGGCACAUAUGGAAACUCAUGCAUGGAUCAAAGCUUUAAAUUACUCUAUAGUAGAUGAUUGGAGACCUUGGUUCAUUGAGGAUGAAGUUGGCGGGUACACCAGAAGUUUUGCAAAUAAUAUGACAUUUGCAACUGUAAAAGGUGGAGGACAUACACCAGAAUAUACACGAGAAGAAUCCAGCAUACUUUUUAAGAGAUGGAUAGUGGGAGAAUCCGAUGAUUGCGGUAUUCCUUCCAUCUCUGAAAAGAUACACAUCGCUGCAUAUGCCAAUACUCCCCCUCAAGUUGGUGCGAAUCCCAAUUCUCCGAGUAACCUCCUCAACCACAAUAAUUCACAUAUUCCCUUCGCAACUCCUCUGAAUUCAGCUUCUGCACUAGAGAGUGCUACAACACUUUGUUUCUUACUUCUCCAAGUUACUAGAUUACCUCCGACAAAGGUGUAUCAGCUGGUCUACAGUCCAGCAUUCCAAUCUCUGCGAGUAGAUCCAAAAUGUAUUUUCCCUUGUGGUAGUUCCACCAAAGUCCAAGUUUUGUUGUUAUAUAAUGCACUCAUUUCAGCUUCCAUAGCUUGUGACCAAUUCGGAUCAGAUUUUGCCUCAUCUACAUUUUCUGGUCCAGAUAAAGAUUUGGUAUCUACGAAAUUUGCAAUGGGGUAUUUGCUCUUUUUAUGCCUAUCUUCAUCUGGUUCAUACCGUUUAGGUGGUAUACCCCUAUUGCAUCUGACUGGUAACGUAUACUUAGAGAACAGUAAACAGCAGGAGGAGCAAAUGGUCCUUUACUUCCGCCUCUCUUUUUCCAUUCUUGUUCUUCUUCAUGCAUUCUCCGCCGCCGCCGCCGCCGCCGAUUCCCACUGGACGGUGAAGUCUUUGCCGGGAUUCUCAGGAGGAGAACUUCCUUUCUCGCUGGAAACUGGAUAUGUAGGAGUGGGAGAUCGGGAGGAAUUUCAGUUGUUUUAUUAUUUUAUAAAGUCAUAUUCAAAUCCCAAAACGGAUCCUCUCAUUCUGUGGCUCACCGGAGGCCCUCGUUGCUCUGCUCUCUCCGGUCUCGCCUUUGAAAGUGGUCCAAUCAAUUUUGAGGGAGAGCUGAAGGAGGGGAGCCUUCCUCAAGUACUCAUAAACCCUUACUCAUGGACUCAGAACUCCAGUAUAAUAUAUCUAGAUUUACCGGCGGGCACGGGUUUUUCGUAUGCUAAAACCUCAAAAAAUCAUAAAUCAGGAGAUCACGAACAAGCUCAACAUUGCCUUCAAUUUCUGAAAAAGUGGUUCGACGAUCAUCCAGAAUUUAUAUCUAAUCCAUUUUAUGUUGCUGGAAAUUCUUAUGCUGGUAUGAUUGUUCCGGUGGUUGCUCUUGCAAUGUUAGAAGGAACUUACAAACAUAUUUUUUCAUUUAUAAAUUUCCAGGGAUACAUAUUGGGGAAUCCUAUCACUACUCCUAAUGCAAAUAAAAAUUUUGAAAUUCCAUUUGCUCAUAAGAUGGCCCUCAUCUCAGAUGAAUUGUAUGAGUCGUUGGAAAGUAGUUGUCAAGGAGAAUAUGUAAACAUCGAUCCUAACAAUGUGGAGUGCUUAAAACAUUACGAUACAUAUACAAAGUGUACUUCUGCGGUUGGAGUAGGAUGUAUAUUAUGGCCCAAAUGCCCAUCUUUCGAAGAACCAAAAAUGAUAUCCAAUCGAAGAUCUCUCAAGAGCAUUUCUGUCAUCCGAAAAUGUCGUCAAUAUGAUUACCUACUUGCUUACUAUUGGGCCAACAAUGACCAAGUUCAAAAAGCACUUCAUAUACAUGAGGGAAGUAUCGAAGAAUGGAUUAGAUGUCGUGACAAUGACCAUUACAAUUAUGAGUUGACCAGUGUUUUUCCUUAUCACGUGAACCUUAGUUCUAAAGGUUAUCGAUCAUUAAUCUAUAGCGGAGAUCAUGAUAUGGGAGUGGCGCAUAUGGAAACUCAAGCAUGGAUCAAAGCUUUAAAUUAUUCUAUAGUAGAUGAUUGGAGGCCUUGGUUCAUCGAGGAUGAAGUUGGCGGGUACACGAGAAGUUUUGCAAACAAUAUGACAUUUGUAACUGUAAAAGGUGGAGGACAUACACCAGAAUAUUCACGAGAAGAAUUUAGCAUAUUUUUUAAGAGAUGGAUAGUGGGAGAAUCCUUGUGAACUUCAUAUUCAUAAGUAUCCAAGAAUAUCUAUUUCUACUUAAAUUUUCAAAGUUUGCUGCCACCAAGGAUUACAAUUUUAGACACUAAUGUUUCCUUUGUGUGUUAACGAAGUUUCAUGAAGUAAAUUUCAAUAUUUAUGUCUGUGGUUCUUUCU